AUGCCUUCCAUCAGUCUCACUCACAAUUAUACACUUCAUAAUGACCUGGUACCAUGUAUCACAACAGAACCAGCAACUCAAGGUUAUAAUCACACUCACGACUUCAAACAUCUCCUAUCAAGAGCCCUUCACAAGCUUAAUCGUCGAGACAUAGCUCCGGAAAUCAUAGGAAUAGUCGUCGGUUUGACUCUCCUCGCCGCUGUCAUCGGAGUUGGUUUAUUUGUAUGGAAUUGGAACAUCUUCAAGCAGCUCAGGACGAGCAGCAGUCAGAGACGCAACCAUCAUCGUCACUCGCGCCGUCGGCGUCAUAUCAUAGGACAUCUCAACGCAAGUGUCGAGGGUGACCCUGAAGAUAUCGAGCUUGAGUGUCGUGAGCGACAUCACCGCCAUGGAGUCCAUCACCACCCUAACUGCCGACAUCACAGGCUUCACCACGGACGACGACAUCAUCGUUCAGGCCCUCGAAGACCGGAGCCGAUAUUUCAGAUGCCCAAUCCUUGUCAUCUACAUCCAUUCCACCCACCGAAUGAGAUGGACGCACCUCAGAUACACGAUGGACUGAAUUAUCCUUUCCUGUUUGGACAUCGUUGGCAUAGACGGCAUAGGGAUGUUGUUUCUGUUUGUUAG